CUAAUUGUGGGUUGGAGGAUAAAUUAGGUGUAUGCCUGGCUAAAUAGAGGAGUCUUUAGUCUGCACUUAAACUGAGAGAGUGUGUCUGCAUCUCGAACAGUGUUUGGGAGACUAUUCCAUAGUUUAGGAGCCAAAUAUGAAAAGGAUCUUCCUCCUUGGGUGGAUUUUGAUAUUCUAGGAACUAUUAACAGGCCAGAAUUUUUGAUCGUAAUGAACGUGAUGGAAUAUAGCAUGACAGAAGAUCACUUAAGUACUGCGGAGACCAUUCAAAGCUUUGUACGUAGUUACAGAAUAUUAAAAUGAAUACGGAAUUGAACAGGUAGCCAAUGUAACGAUGAUAAAAUGGGGCGAAUAUGAUCAUAUCUCUUGGUUCUCGUCAACACUCUGGCUGCUGCAUUUUGAACCAAUUGAAAUUUAUUUAUUGAUCUUGCUGGACAUCCUCCCAGUAAUGCAUUACAAUAAUCUAGUCUUGAGGUCAUGAACGCAUGAAUUAGUUUUUCGGCAUCAGCAACAGAGAGCAUAUGCCUUAAUUUAGCAAUAUUUCUGAGGUGGAAGAAUGCUGUUUACAAACAUUGGUAAUCUGAUUUUCAAAGGACAGAUUGGUAUCAAAUAUAACACCUAAGUUCUUCACUGUUGAAGAUGAUGUAACAGAAUAUCCAUCUAGAGUCAAAUUAUAUUUUAGCGGCUUAUUUUUAAAGUUUUUUUAUCUAACAUCAGGUUUUGAAGAAAUAUAAAGUUGUGUAUCAUCGGCAUAGCAGUGGAAACUUAUUCCACGAUUCCUGAUAAUAUCUCCCAGGGGAAGCAUAUACAUGGAGAAAAGCAGAAGCCCUAAAACUGAUCCCUGUGGCACACCAUAUUUUUGUUUGGUUUGACAAUUCCUCAUUUACAUAGACAAAGUGGUAGCGGUCUGCUAAAUAUGACCUAAACCAUGCUAAUGUAACUCCACAAAUUCCAACAUAAUUCUCCAGCCUAUUCAAGAGAAUGUCGUGAUCUAUCGUGUCGAAUGCAGCACUAAGAUCUAAAAGCACUAGAAGAGAAAUGCAGCCGCGAUCAGAUGAUAAGAGUCAUGUGUAACUCUGAUAAGUGCAGUCUCUGUACUGUGAUGAGGCCUAAAUCCUGACAGUAAUUGCUCAUAUAUACUAUUUAUCUGUAGAAAUGAACAUAUUUGGGAGCACACUACCUUUUCUAGUAUUUUUGACAUAAAAGGGAGAUUUGAAAUCGAUCUAUAAUUAGCAAGUUCUCCGGGAUCAAGUUGUGGCUUCUUAAUAAGUGGUUUGAUAACUGCCAUUCUAAAGUUUCUUGGGACAUGUCCUAAGCAUAGCGAGGAGUUAAUAAUAUUAAGAAGAGGUUCUGAAAUUACAGGAGAUACCUCUUUUAAGACCUUAGUUGGUAUUGGAUCUAACAUACAUGUUGUGGCUUUUAGUGCGUGUUUGUAUCUACAGACACUAUCCUUCCAUGCACCACGAAAUACUUAUAAUUUUGUAUUUCUCCACAUGCGCUCCAUUUUCCGAGCUGCUCUCUUGAGAGCAUAUGUGUGAUCAUUGUACCAUGGUGCAGGGCUUAUUUCUUUAAUUUUCUUUAAUUGAAGUGGGGCGACACUAUCAAGAGUGCUUGAGAAAACUGCAAACUGUAGUCUGGCUUUAUUAUGGUGGUUUUGGAGCAGUGGCUUCUUCUUUGCUGAAUAUGUUUUAUAAAUAUUUGUUUUAAUUCUCCUUUGGUUUGGCAUGUGACAGAAUUGUCAUAUUUUGUUUCUUUAAAUGGUCAAUAUUUAUGCAUCUUUGUGUCUCUGUCUGUUUAACAGGGAAUGGUAUUUAAUUAUCUGGUGGUUUUGUUAUUUCAUCAAGUUCUUCUGGGCUUUGGGGUUUAUUGAGUGUAUGAGAUAGAUCUGGAAGAUUAUUAGUGAAGCUAUCUUUAGUGAAAGAAUAGUUGUACCUGAACGAUAGCGUGGUGUAGAUUGAGUAACAGUAGCUGAUCGCAGCAUACAAGAGACGAGGUAAUGAUCCGAGAUGUCAUCGCUCUGCUGCAGAAUUUCUAUAUUAUCAACAUCAACUCCAUAUGACAGAAUUAAAUCUAGCGUAUGAUUAUGGCGAUGAGUUGGUCCUGUUACAUUUUGUCUGACUCCAAGAGAGUUGAGAAUAUCAAUAAAUGCUAAUCCCAAUGUAUCAUUUUCAUUAUCUAUGUGAAUGUUGAAGUCACCAACGAUUAAGGCUCUAUCUACAGUAACUACAAGAUCUGAUAGAAAGUUUGAAAAUUCACCAAGGAAAUCAGAAUAAGGCCUGAGUGAUCUAUACACUGUAGUAAGGACAAAAGACGACAGAGAUUUUUUAUUUAUAUCUGACGGUGUCGCAUUAAGCAUUAUUAGUUCAAAAGACUUACAUUUAUAUCCUGUCCUCUGAGUAACACCAAAAACUUCACUGUAAAUUGUAGCAACACCUCCUCCUCGACCCUUCAGACGAGGUUCAUGUUUAUAACAAUAACCCGGGGAAGUAGAUUCAUUUAAACUAAUAUAGUCAUCCGGUUUAAGCAGGUUUCAGUCAAACAGAGCGCAUCCAAUCUAUGAUCUGUAAUCAUUUCAUUAACAAUUAGUGAUUUGGUAGAAAAAGAUCUAAUGUUUAGUUGCCCUAUUUUUAUAUGAUGUGUAUUUUUUAUUUGUUUGUUUUGUUCAAGUUUGACCAUAAUAAAAUUUUUUCUAAAUUAUUUAGUGAGGGUAUUGUGUCACAGUCUCUAUGAUAUAUCUAGGUGUUGUAGUUUAUGUGACCCGUGUGACGUCUCAAGGCAGCUAGCAGAUGUUCGGAUUAGCCAGUUUGUCUGCUUCCUAACCUGGGCCCCAGUUAGUCAAAUACAUCAUUAUUAAGACUAUGAGCCAAAUUACUAGAGAGGAGAGCAGCACCUUCCCUGGAGGGAUGGAGUCCAUCUCUCUUUAGCAGGUCAGGUCUACCCCAAAAACUAUAAAUCCUAUUUUAUUCUUCAGACACCACUCAGACAUCCAGCCAUUCAGUGACCCUAAUCUACUAUAAACCUCGUCACCACGACGAGCAGGGAGGGUACAUAUUACAGUGUCUGACAUUGUUUUUGCAAAUUCGCACACCUCUUUAACAUUAUCUUUAGUGAUCUCCGACUGGCGAAGCCGGACAUCGUUAGUGCCGACAUGGAUAACAAUUUUAGAAAAUCUACAUUUAGCAUUAGCACGCACUUGUGAAUUUGAUUUGAUGUCAGACGCUCUGGCACCCGAAAUGCAAUUAACAAUAGUGGUUGGAGUCCCUAUUUCCACGUUCCUUACAAUAGAAUCGCCGAUAACAAGGGCUCUUUCAACAUGAUUCUCAGUGGGUGUAUCACUGAGUGGGGAGAAUCGAUUGGAAACCCUAACAGGAAUGGGAGAGUGGUGUCUCUUUGCUGAACGAGUAUGCCGAGUAUCACCCAAAUGCCCUGCUGCAGGGGCUCUACAGCCGGAAACAAAGUGUGUAUGUUGCUCUCUGUACUACUCGCAUCCGAAACAGUAUCUUCUCUUUCUCACUGACCUCUACUAGCGCUCGGAUGCGAGUCUGUAACUCAUUAACCUUCUCCAUCAGCCUGCCUAAUUCCUUACAUUUAUCACAAGUGAAUCCCUCACUGCUGACGGAAGAAGCUAUAGUAAACAUGAGCAGAUGCCAUGACUUACCGCAAAUUGUUUGUUGUUGUUGGUUGUUCUUGAUAAGCGGUGCUUUGAGAUCGAUGCAAUAAUCUGUGUACCACAGAGGAGAAAAAAUGGGUGCGCGCUGAAAAAAUGCACCUGUUUAAUCGCGAUGAAAAUAGAACGCCGAUGCAGGUGGAAUAUGCGCGCAGUUCAAUCGCGAUAAGAGAAUAAUAUGAGAUAAAACCCGAUGCACGUUUAAAAAUGGCAGAUGUUAAGGAUUAAAGGCUGAAAAAAGAUGCUAAAAAACUAGCAGGCUUCAAACACAGACUCUAGCUAGUGCCAGCAGCAACAGGUAAAAUACACGCAGAUGAAACAGGAGAAAAGUGGAAAAACCUGAAACAUGGUGAAAUGACAAAGAAUAUAACAAUGAACAUAUGAGAAUAAGAAUAAGAAUAAGCAAUGCUAAGCAGGCUAAGCAGAAUACAAACCAACACUUGUGCAGCAUGCCGUCAGCCAAUCAGUGACCCCAUAUAAUACCAUAGUGUAGCAUGAAGACAUGCCGUGUCAAUGAUGCUGAACGCUGUUGGUUCACACGUGUCUCGUAACUGAAUGUUGAAUGAAUGUAUUUCCGUUCCUCACACAAAGAUAUCCUACAGCUUCAGAAGAUCGUGCACGAGUCAUGUGGACAAUGCUUAUGAUGCUUUUUUUCAAUCUUUUUUGGAGGUAGCCCCAAUAAAUAUAUUUUUUAAUUGUCCUUUGGUUUGGCAUGUUACAGAAUUGUCAUAUUUUGAGUGAACUGUUUCUUUAAAUGGUCAAUAUUUAUGAAUGUUUGUGUCUCUGUCUG